ACCAAAUAACACAUCUGAAUGGAAUACGGAAGGUAUGCUGCGGCCAUAGCAGUAGAUAAAAGUGGGGUCUGGGGAGAAGUUCCGACACAUCAUCGUUAUCAAUCAGUUUUAACUAUCGAAAAUAUGGGCAUGUCACGAAUAACACGCCAUCCCAAGUAUUACUUGCAUGACGGUAGCGUAUCAAUUCAUGUCGCGGGCACCGUCUUUCGCGUACACAAGUACUUUUUUGAAAGAGAAUCCGAAUAUUUCCGGGAGGGAUUCAGAACAGCUGGGCCAGAGGAAGAUGGUCAGUCCGACCAGGCAGCGUUUCGACUCGAUGAUGUCAAGAUCAGUGAGUUCGAACGACUGUUGUGGGUAUUCUACAACCCGCAAUAUAUGUACGAUGAGCAACCCAUAGACCACUGGAUCACCAUCCUUGAACUGGCUACACGAUGGAAAUUUCCAAGUGUGCGAGACCUGGCAGUCCGGCAGCUGCAAAAGCUCGACAUGAAACCUGUCGAGCGAAUUAUCACCUAUGAUAAGUACAACCUCGACAAAUCGCUCCUCUUGCCCGCCUACAUUCUUCUGUGUAAACAACCGAGUCGCUCCGUUGACGAUGGCAAGCGGCUCGGCAUGCCCACCGUCCUCAAGAUAAACGAGGCUCGUGAGUAUGCACAGAGGUUUGCAGCCGAGCAAGGCUGCCCUAGUCCUACAAGCGCUGAUGCUGAAGAUCAAGAGCUUGUCGAGAUUUUGAAGGACGUAUUCGAUCUGAGCUAAUCACAGGGCUGUUCAGAUGUAGGAUUAGGGGCUAUUGGGGGACGCUACAGUAAAAUAGAACUGCAACUAUCCGGGGUCCAUCGCCGAUGAUAAGCGGUCUUGCACAACGUGUAGGUCAUUAGAACAGCGCUCAGUGAUCUACGUUACGCUAAGGUUCGGCACGUGUUAGCACCGCUCAUCCAGAAAUUAGUCGAAUGUCGUUG